UUAACGUCGAGCAAGCCGCCGGCUUAGUCGCAUCGACCGCGUGUUUUGAUAUAGUGUCCGUCCGUGUGUGAGUGACUAUCAGUGUGUGUAACAUAAGGUAUUCAAGUUGUGAGUCAUCGCGAUAUAAGGACAGAAGCCAACAUGGGAGCAAAGCAGAGUAAGCGGUCGGUGGACAUAAGCGGCAAGGAAGCCGAAAACGCCGGUGAAGUGGCGGCGGCGGGCGCCGGCGGCGAGGGCCGCGUCGAGCAGCUCGCCGACGCCGACAUCAAGCCGCAGCUAAACGGCGACGCGCACAUACAGCCCCCGCUGGAGAUCUCAGAUAAAGAGAAACAGCUCGACAGCGGGACCCCUGAGAACGAAAAGGACGCAACAACAGAGAAGGAAGGCAAGGAAGAGCAGAACGGAGAGAAGGAACCCACACCCGUGACGAACGGGGACAGCGAGCCCAAGGAGGACGGGGAGUCCGUGCCCACGCCCGAGGACGGCAAGAAACCUAAGAAAGAAAAGGUCAAGAAAAAAUGGUCACUGAGGUCCAUCAGUUUUAGCAGAAAAGACAAGCCAAAACAAGAGAAGAAAUCCAAGGAAGAGGAACCCAAAACGAAUGGAGAGCCAGAGAAAGUGCCGGAAGAGGCGGCCGAAGCUACCCCCGAAUCCGUCGAGAACAAAAUCGCGGAAGUCGCGCCGACCAUCGCGGAAGUGAAGGAGGAGAAGACCCCCUCGACGCCCGUCACCGAGCCCAUGACCAACGGCAACAGCACCCCCUCCUCCCCCGCGGCCGAGCUCGCGGCCGACCCGCCCGCCGCCCCCGCCGAGCCCACGCCCGCCGCCGUCGAGACGACGCCCGAACAGCUCCCCGUCAACGGCCUCUCGCUAGACGAACCCGAGCCGGGCGAGCCCGCGGCGCCCGUCGUCGAGGAGACCAAACCCGAGGCGCCCGCGCCGGUGCCGGAACUCACCCCGGCCCCAGAAAUUCCUGUCAAAACAGAGGUUUGUGCCGCACGAGUGCCUUUGGUAGAGCCCACGCCUCCCCCGCUCCCCGCAAACCCUCCCCCCUCGUCGGUGGCGUCCUUCGCCGCCACCACCAUGGCCCCCGAAUCGGUCGAAGCUUCGCUCGCUAACACCGCUCGAAACGCAAUCUCGACUCCGCCCGCUAUCCCCGACGCCGCAGCCGAUAAAGUAGACGAACCUAGUUCUGAAACGCCACAAAUUGAUAUCACUAAUUUAGAUGUAACUCAAAUUUCCCCUCCCUUGAAGGAAACCGCCGGCGAAAUAGCCCCGGCCCCGGUGACCACGAGCGAAGCGGAAAACGGGGAGGCUCGCUCCGGUAGCGAAAUUGUUGAUAAUACUCCCGAAGUAGUCAAACACGAGCCCGAGGUAAUCAAAACGGAGGACACGUUAACGAGCGAACACGAUGUCGACGAAAGUAUUAAAACGCACGUAGAAACGGUUGAAAUUUGCGAAAUUCCCAAAGCGGAGCCCGACCUCGAGAGUAAAAUUGUAAACCCCCCGAGUGUCGAAGCUGCCCCAGUACCGAUCGUGAACGGAAACGGCUCAAUAGACACACAAAGUCCGGGAGCGGAGGACGCGAACGGCAUCGACAACGCGGCGCCCGUCGACCCGUGCUCGGACACCGACCACCAGCACUCGGAGGCUCCCUCGGACGGCCCCGACUCCAGCGAGGACCUGCCCCCGCCGCCGCCCGAGGAAGACUUCUCCCUCAGGAGCGACGACAUCAAACCGGCCCCCGACGCGGACACCCUGCCAGAAGACACAAACAACCACGCGGAGGCGAACGACAUCGCGGACGAGACCGCACAGAAAAAAUUAAAGAACAAAAAAGUAGACGCGCUCGGGAACAUAGUAGACAAGAUCGAGUGCAACGGCAACGCCGACCCGGAGGCGCUCCCGGCGCCGCGCGCCGCCACGCCGCCGCCCGCCGAGCCGGCCGCCGCCACAGACCAGGAGCCAGUCGCGGACAAGAUCGCCGACCUGAUACCAGAGAUCCCGACCAUCCCAGAACUGAAGACCGAAACGGAGAGCGCGGUGGCGGUGGCGGACUAG